AUGGUGAACGGUGAACUCGUGACAGUGAAAUUGAUUUUUACAGAAGGUGAAGGAAGGUUCGUCGAUUGUGCAGCAAGGGUUCUCAGCGUGUCUCGUGCAGCAAGCAUGCCUCGUGACUUACUCAACAUUGAUGUCUACCAUAAAGGUGUUUUUUCUCCUAAUCCCUUUGUUUACGUCCAUCCUCAUAAAGUACCUGUUAUGGGGCUAGAUGUAUGUAACAUGGAUUUCAAGGAGUUCAAGACCUAUCUCCAAAAAUUGAUCAACAAUAGAUGUCGGGAUAUGUAUUACUGUCUUAAAAAUCGGUCCCUCGUAGAUGGGUUAAGGGAGCUUAGGGAUGAAGAUGAUUAUGUUAGGUUCCUUGAUGCUGGGUUUGAUGAUGAUGAUAAUCAAAUAAGUAUCUACAUUGAUGACUAUCAUGAACCCUUACUAGAUUGGAUUGAAGAAGAAAAAGCUGAAGAAUGGGACAGUGGUACUGAAACAUAUGAAGAUGAUGUGGACUCGGUAUUGUCGGAUGAUCUAUCGGUGGACCAUGAAGCUGAUGAUGAGGACAUUGAAUGGCCUGAAGUUGUUGAUCCUUUUUUGUCACAAAAGAAUCUUAUUCCAGAAAAAGGCAUAGAGGAAGAAGCUGGUGAUAAGGUAAAAAAACAUCCAAUUCACGAUCCAAACCAAAAAUGGGACACUAUGAUGCCUAAGUUAGGUAUGAAAUUCUCUGAUCGAGAUGAACUGAAACAUAUGUUAACAAAUUAUGCUGUGUCUAAGGGUUAUUCAUUGUGGUAUGAAAAAAAUGAGGCAACAACAUUGUUAGUAAGGUGCAGUAAAAAUGAAAAAGGGAAGCCAUCUUGCCCUUUUAGACUAUGGGCUAGUCCCAUGAACAAGGAAAAUUCAUUCCAGAUCAAGUCACUAAUUGAUAAACAUAAUUGUGCUAGACAACAAAAAUUGGGUUGUCUUGUUACGUAUAAGUGGAUUGGAAAAAUGUUAAUACGUGACAUUUUGGAAAGGCCUAAGUUUAGCUAUAGGAAAAUGGCAGAAGUGGUUAGGAAAGACUAUGGUCUCAAGGUAAGUCUUGGGCAGUGUAGAAAUGCCAAGCAAUUUGCACUAGAUGAGAUUUCAGGCAAUUUGGUAAGCCAUUAUGAGAAAUUGUGGAAUUAUGGUGCUGAGUUAUUGAGGGUUAAUCCUGGGUCAACAGUCUUGAUCGAGACAAAUCAUACGCCUGAUGCUACACACUACUUCAAAAGGAUGUAUAUUUUUCUAAAGUCUAUCAAGGAUGGCUGGAUUGAAGGAUGUAGAAGGGUUAUUGGUGUUGAUGGCUGUUUUUUGAAGGGUAUUUGCAGAGGUGAGUUGUUAACAGCCAUUGGUAGGGACGCAAACAACCAAAUGUACCCUCUAGCAUGGGCUGUUGUGCCAGUUGAAAACAAGGAAACUUGGAUGUGGUUCAUUGAUCUUCUACUUGAGGACAUUGAGAUGGGAGAUGGUAGGGGUCUUACAAUUAUUUCGGACCAACACAAGGGUUUAAUGGAGGUUGUUAAGGAAAGGGCGCCAUCAUGUGAGCAUAGGAAUUGUGCUCGACACAUCUUUGCCAACUUUAAGAAGAAGGGGUUCACGGGUGUUGAGUUUAGGAGGUUAUUUUGGAGGGCUGCAAAGGCUACAACCGAUUCCACUUUCCGCUCAUACAUGAGGGAAAUUCGUACAAUGUCCACAGAAGCUUAUGAGCACCUGAUAGAAAGAUACCCAAAUACAUGGUGCAGAGCAUUCUUUGAACCUGAGAGUUGUUGUGAUGCCGUGGAAAAUGGUAUAUCUGAAUCUUUCAAUGCAGCAAUUGUAGAGGCCCGGAAGAAACCAAUAAUAACAAUGCUGGAAGAAAUCAGAUUGUACGUGAUGGAGAGGAUGUACAAACAAAAGAUUAAGGGGCAUAAGUGGGACAUGGAAAUAUGCCCCUCUAUUAGAAAGAGGAUUGAGAAGAUGAAAGAACAACAAAGGUAUUGGGAUGUUAUUCCAAGUGGUGAGGAAGAAUAUGAAGUGAAAUUAGCCCAUGAAGUUUAUGCUGUUCACCUUGAAAGCAAAACUUGUGGUUGCAAAGCCUGGCAACUCAGUGGUAUCCCUUGUGUGCAUGCCAUUGCUGCUAUAUUAUACCUGAAUGGAAAUGCAGAGGACUAUGUAGCCGUAUGGUUUAAAACAAGUAUGUUUGGAAGUUGCUAUAGGUAUCCAAUCAAACCAAUAAAUGGAGCUAACAUGUGGCCUGAUGUUCUAUGUGAUCCCAUAUUACCACCUCGGCGUAGGAGAAUGCCAGGAAGGCCCAAAGUAAACAGAAUGAAAUGUCCUACAGAAAAUGAAGGAAAGCAUAAAAUUAACAAGACAGGGAUGUCCAUCUCAAGAUGUAGUAAUUGUCAUCAAGAAGGACACAACAAGAGGCGAUGUCCAUUGCUCAAAGAAGCAAAUAAAGCAACUGUUAGUGAAGGGGAUGUUGAAGAAGGGGUUAGUCAAGAUGGGAUUAGUGAAGAUGGGGUCAAUGAAGAUGGGGUUAGUGAAGAUGGAAUUGGUGAAGAAGAGGCUGUUGAAGAAGGCGAUAUUGAAGACCACCAGGAGGAUGAAAUUGAACAGCAAGAGGAUGAGAUUGACCAUCAAGUAGAUGAAAUUGACCAUCAAGAAAAUCAUGUUGAAGGCUAUCAAGAAGAUCAUAUUGAGGAUCAUCAAGAGGGGGUUGUUCAAGAUGAAGCUCAUCACAUUGAAGUUGUUCAAGAUGAAGCUAACCAUGAAGAGGUUGUUGACCACCAAGAACCUGAUUUUGAUGAAGUUCAUCACCAUCAACAUCAACCUGUUUUUUUUUCAGCAUUUUGUUGCGAACAAAAGGCGAUUACCUUCUGA